AUGUUCUACAACCCCUCAGCAGCCACCUAUCAACACAUUGGGCCCUCAUCCAACCCAUCCGUCGAGCCUUUCCACCGCACCCUCCCAGACUACUCCGUCACCCCUCUCAUUCCUCUAUCUGAUCUAGCCAAACAACUCGGUCUAGGCCACGUCCUCCUAAAAGACGAGUCCAACCGUCUCGGCCUCCCAGCCUUCAAAAUCCUGGGCGCAUCAUGGGCCAUCCACAAAGCCAUAGCCUCAAGAUGCAACCUCCCCUUAACCGCUACCCUAGAUGAACUCGGUGCUGCAGCAAGAGAAGGAGGGAUUGAACUAGUCACGUGUACAGAGGGAAACUGGGGUAGAGCUGUUUCAAGAAUGGCAAAAUACUUGGACAUCCCAGCCGUCAUCUUCGUCCCUGGUUUCAUGGACGAAGCCACCCAAGACAAGAUCAGGAGGGAAGGCGCAAAAGUGAUUGUCGUGGAUGGAGAUUACGACUACUCCAUCCUCAAAGCUAGAGAAGAAGCAGAGAAGGCGGGAGGCAUGUUAGUCAUGGAUGUAUCCUGGCAAGGAUAUACAGAGAUACCCGAGGUACGAUAG